AUGACGUCCGUACCACGUACGGUUGAGAUUAUCUGGGGUGGUCAGACAGCACCAGGUUUUACACUCAAACGUAAACGUACUGGUGCGAUUCUUAUUAGCACCGUGAUGCAGGAGACACAAGUCGCGACUACACUAAAAGUCGGGAGUGAAUUGAAACUUGUAGGUGGAUUUCCAGUCAAGCGGCUUAAACUACAGGAUGUAAAGAAGGUAAUGCUUCUAGCACCGAAACCCGUGAGUCUUGUGUUUAUUAACGCUGACGAUGUGAUCAUUGGUAACGCAAUGGACACGGACAAAGGUAUACCCGGUGCUUUAUCAACGGUUAACACGUCACGGACGUUCAUGACGGUACCUAUUGGAUUGCAGCCAUGCAGUGACAACAGUGGAGAGAGUAGCAACAGUAACAAGUCAUUGCCGACUAUCACAUCGUCAUUCUAUAGCGAACCGUCUGCGACCAACAAAGCGAAAAAGCGCAAAGUGUCCAAGUUACAAGUAGCUUUGGUUCGAGUGAAUCAGCUAUUGAAUCGUCCAGUACGACAAACAGGUCUCCACGUUGCAACGGGCAAGAGUAUUGUCGUGUGA